CACAAUUUGCAGAGAUUGUGGGUACUAGACUACAUUGAAGAUACUGGUCUUCAGAUGCUUGCCGCUUCCUGUAAGGACCUUCAAGAACUUAGGGUGUUUCCUUCUGAUCCCUUUGCUCCAGAACCAGAUGCUUUACUUACAGAGCAAGGCCUUGUAGCUGUCUCAGAUGGCUGCCCUAAGCUCCAGUCGGUUUUAUACUUCUGCCGCCAAAUGACAAAUGCCGCUUUGGUUACUAUUGCUAGAAACCGUCCUAACAUGACUCGUUUCCGCUUGUGUAUUAUUGAACCUCGAACUCCUGAUUACUUGACUCUUGAACCGCUUGAUACUGGUUUUGGGGCAAUUGUGGAAGAAUGCAAAGAGUUGCAACGGCUUUCUCUUUCUGGCCUCCUUACUGACCGUGUGUUUGAGUACAUUGGAACCCAUGCUAAAAAGUUAGAGAUGCUUUCCAUUGCUUUUGCUGGGGAUAGUGAUCUGGGCCUCCACCAUGUGCUAUCUGGUUGCGAGAGCCUCAGAAAACUAGAGAUCAGAGACUGCCCCUUUGGCGACGAUGCUCUUUUGUCUAAUGCUGCAAAGCUGGAGAGUAUGCGAUCCCUUUGGAUGUCUUCUUGUUCGGUAAGUUUUGGAGCCUGUAAGCUGCUAGGUCAGAAGCUGCCUAGGCUUAAUGUUGAAGUUAUAGAUGAGAGGGGUCCCCCGGAUACACGGCCAGAUAGCUGCCCUGUUGAUAAACUUUACAUUUACCGAACAGUGGCUGGACCAAGGCUUGACAUGCCUGAUUAUGUUUGGACAAUGAAUGAGGAUGCUGCACUGAGGAUUACUGAGCCAUAAAGCAAAGGGAAUUUCACAUUAGCUUCUUCAACGGGAGAUUGCAGGAGCAUUAGCUUUUAUGGAUAUGGAACAAAAAAUACUAUGAUAUGCACCAAGUGUAGCAUCUGAAAGAUUCCAACUUGGGGGGAUAGAUAAGGAGAUUAUUGUGGGUAUGUUCACUUUUUCAGCAUCAAGCUCGGCUUCUUACAAACGCCUGAUGACUGGUGAAAACGAUGAUAUUGGGGAAAAAAAUGGAUCCAAUUGCCUAGGCCUCCUCCCUAUAGUUGUACCACAGGUGCAAGGUAGAUUCCAAAAUUUUAAGUCAGGGUAUUAUUGUGGUCACUAAUUUCUUUUUGUAAUAAUGGUUGUACCACUGUGAGCGAGGGGUACUCAAGAUUUUAUAGGAUAGUUCUAUGUUUAUUGUUACUUUUUUGACAAUAAGUAUUAGUGAGUAACACUGCACUUACUAAUGGA